GCUGACGAGACGCUGAUCCCAGCCGCACAGUGAGUGGCUACUGCAAAAGGUGUGUCGUCCUCCGAAAAAGCCAGCUCUUAUAAGUUCCCUCCAGCCAGGCAGCUAGAUGAGUCAGCGGAAGGAGCGCCGCGGGAUCCACGUGGACCAGUCAGAGCUGCACUGCAACAAGGGCUGCGGUUACUAUGGCAAUGCCGCCUGGCAGGGCCUGUGCUCCAAGUGCUGGCGGGAGGAGUACCAGCGGGCCCGGCAGAAGCAGAUCCAGGAGGACUGGGCCCUAGCUGAGAAGCUGCAGAGGGAGGAGGAGGUUGCCUAUGCCAGCAUCCAGGGGGCCCAGUCCCAGCCCCAGGCACAACCCCAGGCCUCUCUGGCGCCCUUCUCCAAGUUUGAGGAGAAGAAGACCAAUGAGAAGACACGCAAGGUGACCACUGUGAAGAAGUUCUUUAGUCCCUCGUCACGGACAGCCCCCAAGAAAGCCCCCACUGUGGGAGAGGAGAAGCUGACAGGCCUCAGGGACUGGAGAGGAAUGUUUACUCCCCCUUGGGAAAUGGGCUCUCCCACCGAAGAGAACCAGGAGGGCAAGACCCCCAGCCCCUCCAUCAGCCGCCAAUCAAGCAUUGAGACGGACCGUGUCUCCAGAGACUUUGUGGACUUCCUGAAGACCCUGCAUAAGCCUGGCCGUGAGGUUCACAAGCAGAGCCGAGCCUUCAUCGAGAUCAUGGCCAACAAAAAGGACUUGAGUGCUGACGAGCUGUCAGAGUGUGUCCAAGACUUCUACCAGAAUUUGUCCGACCGCCUCAUGACUCAUUUUAAAGGCUCUUCAGAGCGUGUGGAGCGAGUGAUGGACGAGGUGGAGAAGUACAUUAUGACACGCCUGUAUAAGAGUGUCUUCUGCCCCGAGACCACAGACGAUGAGGAGAAAGACCUGGCCACUCAGAACCGGAUACGGGCGUUACACUGGGUGGACAUUCAGAUGCUUUGUGUGCCAGUGGAUGAGGAGAUCCCAGAGGUUUCAGACAACGUGGUCAAAGCCAUAACAGAUGUCAUCGAGAUGGACUCCAAGCGGGUACCCCGGGACAAGUUAGCGUGCAUCACGCGCUGCAGCAAGCACAUCUUCAGCGCCAUCAAGAUCACGAAGAGCGAGCCAGCCUCGGCCGACGACUUCCUGCCCACCCUGAUCUACAUCGUGCUGAAGGCCAACCCUCCACGCCUGCAGUCCAACAUCCAGUACAUCACCCGCUUCUGCAACCCCAGCAGGCUCAUGACUGGAGAGGACGGAUACUACUUCACUAACCUGUGCUGUGCAGUUGCCUUCAUCGAGAAACUGGACGCCCAGUCUCUCAACUUGGACCCAGAGGACUUUGAGCGCUACAUGUCGGGCCAGGCCUCUCCUCGCAGGCCUGAGGCAGACAGCGGCUGGCCCCAGGUAGACCCUCCUAGUGGUUCUGCCGCCUCCAGUCCCGCCCUAUCCCAGGUCUACCAGAACCUGGACCUCCUGUCUGGCCUGGGGAGCCGACAAGACAGGGUUCUGGAGGGGGUGCAGAGUCUGCAGAGAGACCUGAUCACCUGGCAGGAGAGUGUGGAGCGAGAGGUGCAGGAGAUCCUGGAGAAGUACCCACUGGAGAUCCGCCUACCCACCCCCUCCGCCAUUGACUCAGACAACGUGGAAAACGACCGGCUGCCACCACCACUGACGCCUCAGGUGUUUGCUGGGUAAUGUCUCUGCAGAAUCGGAGGCAACAAAGGGCUUCUUGAACAAAUGACUGCGCCUCUCUAAUGUCUUGAGACAUCAUUGGCUCUUCACUUUGGUGAGGUUCAGGAAGUGGCAGCGCCUCCUGUCUCCACUGCUACGCUUUUAAACAUUCUCACAUACUGUAAGCUUUGGUCCAUUUUGGCCCCUAGACCCUUUUCUGAUAGCAUUCACAGAUCUUACUAUCUGGUUAAAUUAAGCAUUAAUAGAUCAAAAGGAUGGACUAAGUUUGAGUAAAAGGGUUUAGGGACUGAAAUGAAGCCAAGCCAAAACAAUGCUCCUGCAUACACAUACUCCUUUUAGACCAGACCUCUUCAGAUGGCCUCACACUAUGUAUGGCGGAGUUGGGAUUCGGCCCUAGUCUGUAAUCCUCUACACCCCGCUGCACAGACCCAAACGGCACAUCUUGAUACUGUAAGAUUACUUCUCCAGCUUGUAGUGCCGAAAGGGGUAUGUAUUUUUAGAUAGCUGCUGCUGAAUUUGGGAAACGCUGACUUCUGCAUCUUGCAGUAUGCACUCUGCAGAAUUGUAUAAUCUGCUUGCAUGUGCUCUUCUCCUAUCCUUCUUGAGUCUCCAGCAAGGGACCAGGGUGCAGGCUAAUUGUGCGCAAUGGGGGAAAAGGGAUGUUUCAUCCAAAACCAAAGGUCUUAAGCUGGUUCUUAUGUGAUUAUGCCCCAAUGAGUGGUCUCAACUAAUAUUUGUAAUGGUAAUAUAGAGCACUUAAUCAUCAGAAAAGUAUGAAUUAGGUAAGUAAGGUACUUUUAACUUCUCUCAUUAAUUUUAUAUCUCAACUAUGUGUCAGUAUAAGAGCCCUUACUGUAAGUAUUAAAGGACCUUUUUCCUGAUGAUGUGAUCUGACCAGGAAAACUCCUGUUACACUCAUGUAGGAUGCCCAUGAGGCAUAGUAAUGCUGAAGCAUGCUUCUUGUUGUACCAUGGAAUCACAGGGCGAUACUUUUUUUUUGAUAGUUGAACCAUGGUGCUGAUGCUGUACACUACAAUGUGUACUACAAUACAAUGUGUACGUUCCUAAAUGAGCAAUGUAUUAAAAGGGAAUUUAUUCCCCCAGGUACAUAAUAUGUAUUGGUUGGGCAUAACAAUAUUAUUGGGGGGCAAUGUAAGAAGUUAGCUUUUUAACACGUUAAUGUUGGAUAAACAAUUACUACCUAAGGUAUUAUGAGAGGCAAAGCACAUACAGUGGGGCAAAAAAGUAUUUAUUCAGCCACCAAUUGUGCAAGUUCUCCCACUUAAAAAGAUGAGAGGCCUGUAAUUUUCAUCAUUGGUACACUUCAACUAUAACAGACAAAAUGAGAAAAAUAAAUCCAGAAAAUCACAUUGUAGGAUUUUUAAUGAAUUUAUUUGCAAAUUAUGGUGGAAAAUAAGUAUUUGGUCACCUACAAACAAGCAAGAUUUCUGGCUCUCACAGACCUGUAACUUCUUAAGAGGCUCCUCAGUCCUUAACUCGUUACCUGUAUUAAUGGCACCUGUUUGAACUUGUUAUCAGUAUAAAAGACACCUGUCCACAACCUCAAACAGUCACACUCCAAACUCCACUAUGGCCAAGACCAAAGAGCUGUCAAAGGACACCAGAAACAAAAUUGUAGACCUGCACCAGGCUGGGAACACUGAAUCUGCAAUAGGUAAGCAGAUUGGUUUGAAGAAAUCAACUGUGGGAGCAAUUAUUAGGAAAUGGAAGACACUGAUAAUCUCCCUCGACCUGGGGCUCCACGCAAGAUCUCACCCCGUGGGGUCAAAAUGAUCACAAGAACGGUGAGCAAAAAUCCCAGAACCACACGGGGGACCUAGUGAAUGACCUGCAGAGAGCUGGGACCAAAGUAACAAAGCCUACCAUCAGUAACACACUACGCCGCCAGGGACUCAAAUCCUGCAGUGCCAGACGUGGCCCCCUGCUUAAGCCAGUACAUGUCCAGGCCCGUCUGAAGUUUGCAAGAGAGCAUUUGGAUGAUCCAGAAGAAGAUUGGGAGAAUGUCAUAUGGUCAGAUGAAACCAAAAUAUAACUUUUUGGUAAAAACUCAACUCGUUGUGUUUGGAGGACAAAGACCAAAGAAUGCUGAGUUGCAUCCACGAACACCAUACCUACUGUGAAGCAUGGGGGUGGAAACAUCAUGCUUUGGGGCUGUUUUUCUGCAAAGGGACCAGAACGACUGAUCCGUGUAAAGGAAAGAAUGAAUGGGGCCAUGUAUCGUGAGAUUUUGAGUGAAAAACUCCCUCCAUCAGCAAGGGCAUUGAAGAUGAAACGUGGCUGGGUCUUUCAGCAUGACAAUGAUCCCAAACACACCGCCCGGGCAACGAAGGACUGGCUUCGUAAGAAGCAUUGAGGUCCUGGAGUGGCCUAGCCAGUCUCCAGAUCUCAACCCCAUAGAAAAUCUUUGGAGGGAGUUGAAAGUCCGUGUUGCCCAGCAACAGCCCCAAAACUUCACUGCUCUAGAGGAGAUCUGCAUGGAGGAAUGGGCCAAAAUACCAGCAACAGUGUGUGAAAACCUUGUGAAGACUUACAGAAAAUGUUUGACCUCUCUGUCAUUGCCAACAAAGGGUAUAUAACAAAGUAUUGAGAAACUUUUGUUGGUGAUCAAAUACUUAUUUUCCACCAUAAUUUGCAAAUAAAUUCAUUAAAAAUCCUACAAUGUGAUUUUCUGGAUUUUUUUUCUCAUUUUUUCUCUCUCUUUGUCUGUCAUAGUUGAAGUGUACCUAUGAUAUAAAUUACAGGCCUCAUCUUUAAGUGGGAGAACUUGCACAAUUGGUGGCUGACUUAAUACUUUUUUGCCCCACUGUAACACUCCUCAAUUAAUUUGUAACUUGAACAAAUACUUUUUGAUUGUUUCCUUGGUGUACUGCUGCUGUGCGAUUCCAAGUCAGCGGAAGCAGAAAAUAUUGUUGUCUCAGGUUGUUCUGGCAAUUCUCACAUAGUAACUUUAUUGACAGGAAGGAUGUUUAGCAAGCUUUUUACAUUUGUAUCACAAACCAUUUUAGGCCCUCUUUAUACCUACGCCGUACAUGCCUCCUGUAAGACCCUAUGAUCUGUGAACAGUACAUGAUGCAGACAACAUCUUGGUGCCAUUAUACUCUUUAUAGUGUGAUCCAUUAUACUCUUUAUAGUGUGAUCCAUUACUCUUUAUAGUGUGAUCCAUUAUACUCUUUAUAGUGUGAUCCAUUACUCUUUAUAGUGUGAACCAUUAUACUCUUUAUCGUGUGAUCCAUUAUACUCUUUAUCGUGUGAUCCAUUAUACUCUUUAUCGUGUGAUCCAUUACUCUUUAUAGUGUGAUCCAUUAUACUCUUUAUAGUGUGAUCCAUUAUACUCUUUAUAGUGUGAUCCAUUAUACUCUUUAUAGUGUGAUCCAUUACUCUUUUAUAGUGUGAUCCAUUAUAUGGAGUAUGUCUAGAUUCUGAAAUACAAAUGUUCACAUUCAUUUAUUCAACAUUACAAAUACUAUUAUAAAUAUCUCAAAACUACCCUUUCUGAUUGUGUUCAUUUGAAUACAUAUUGUUUGGAACAAUAUACUCUACAAGUACAUCACAUUUACAGAGUGGGUUCUCUGCUAAUUCUGGAGUAAUAAUACAUUUUGCGCACCACCAACAUAGUGAAUGAGGAAAAAUGGAUUUAAAGGGAACUCCAUCUGUUGGCGAUUACUAAAUGUGCAAGCCUAAAGGAGGGAUGAGAUUGGUUAAUGACGUAUAAUGUCAAUUUCUAUGUAUAAAAUGUAUGAUUUAUUUAACAGUAGCAGAGAGUCACUCUGGAAAUGUGACAUUUGAAGAGUAUAUUGUUGAAAACUGUUUAAAAUUAAGAAAUCAAGUUGAGAUAUUCAUUAAUAUUUGUUGUUUUAUAAAUUGAUGUGAAAGUGUAUUUCAGAAUCUAGACAUACAUUAUAUGCAGUAUCACACUAUAAAGAGUAUAAUGACACCAAGAUGGUCUGUAUCAUGUACUGUUCACAGAUCAUAGGGUCUUACAGGAGGCAUGUAUAGGUAUAAAAAGGGCCUAAACUGGCCACUUUCAACAUGAUUUUCUCAAAAAUAUUUUGCAAUGCGAAUGUAAAAAGCAUGUCAAACAUCCUUCCUCCCAAUGAAGUUCCUAUGUGAGAAUUACCAGAACGAUCUUCCUCUGGGCUAGAAUCGACCUGCUAUACUUCUAAUUUAUUUUGAUGGUGCAGAAUUCUGUCUGUAAAAUGUAUGUCAAAGUAAUGAUACUACUUAAGCUAAAUGUGAGAACGUAUCAAUAUGCGUGCUAAAAUAUGUGGCCCUUUAAUUUUAUUAUCACAUUCAAACGGUUUGAAAAUAUUUAAGAGGAUGCCAGUCUAGUGAAACAAAGGAUUAAUAGAGGACUUUCAGUUAAUACGCUUCUUUUCCAUUUUGCAACAGAUCUGGGAGCACCAUCCUAAGUUUAUUCUUCAGACAGUGGUACAAUCUGUGAAACCUGAAGUUGACCAAGACGCAGGUUACUGUGUUAUGUACAAAAUGCCAGUGAACCGCUGAUAUAUGGAGGUGGCAUGUUGUAUAUCAUAAUGUAAUCGUGAAAUAUGGAUGAUACCUGGGGAAUGUUCAGUGGGGCGAAACGCUCAGAACAAUGCAGAAGGGACACUUCUUAACAGUUCAAUCUGAUUAACGCAUGGUGUUUGCUAUCAGCAAUCCAUUGAACGUUUUAAUCACCUGAAUAAGCCCCUGGUUGUAAAGUGUUAAUUAGCAUCACUCAUUCCGUUGUUACACAUAGACAUAACAGGUACUCUACUUUAACACUGUAAUCAACUGUGACUGACUGCUAAGGGGUCUCUUAAGAGAUUUCUAAACAAGUAUGUGUAUAUUUAUGUAAACUUUUAAACUGAAUGGCACAUCACUUUUUAUUAUGGACAUGUAACUUAUAAGAAUAGCCUUGUUUUACCGUGUCUAUUGUCAGUGUAUUAAUUGCCAUUCAAUGAAUAAACCCCUGGAUUUCAAAUCCA